UAAAAUAAUUCCAAGAGUAUUUUUAAAAAAUUUAAAACUUUAAUACUCUGAAUGGGUAUUGCAUCGGAAAAUUUAAAUGUCUGUGAUGACGUAGUACUAGUGUACGCUAGGGAAUCAUGAAUGAGUGACAGUUGAUUCUAGUUCGGGCCUCUCGUCAAAUCAAAUGAAGCGAUCAGUUGGGCUAGACGCUCGUGUGUGAAAGGGUGAUCCAGUCACAGACCAAGGAGUUUUAAUACCUUUAUAUCUCCUUGGAUAUGUUCUACUCUAAUAUCCAUUAUUUACACUGACUGCUUUAUUUAUUUUUUCCCCAUUCUCGAGUAUUUUGUUUCUAAUUGACUGGGAAAUUGAUAUACAUCGAAGACCUCCAAAAUUUUACCAUGAAGGUGUCAUGUAUAGCUUUGAUGUUCAUUUGUGUCGCACAGGUACUGGGUGCCCGAACGGAUUGCCGUCAGUGUAAAGCUGGGCAUUAUGCUAAAAGACAUUGUAACGAAUUUCAUGACACGAUAUGUGCCCAGUGUCCAGAGGGCACAUAUACCCCCAAAUCUAACACACGGGAACUGUGUUUCUCCUGCUCAACGUGUAGAAAGGGCUUCUUUGAGAUCAAAUCGUGCACAUUUAGACAAGAUACUGUGUGUGGAUCUUGUAGUCAAAAAGAGUAUAGUGAUUUAAGUAGUUAUAGGAUAGACUGUGUUCAUGAUAGAAAGGAGAUUCAAAAUGAUCAACCGCGGGAAAGCACCACCGAGGAGUCCAUUGACCUAGGAUCAGGGGACGGGGAACUAAUAAUAAACCGUGACGGAGUCAAACCAACAGUCAUUGAUGACGUCUUCAUAGAAAAGGAGUCGCAUCACGUGACUAGUUUACCUCACGCUCAGAACGAGACUCUGGAUACGGAAGGAAGCGGUGAAGGUUUCCCGAUUAGUGUGUCUCCUGAAGAAGAAUAUGAACCAACUGAUCAAAAUGUUACAUUCACCACAUCUACAGAAUCAAUGACAACAACAGAAGAACCACUUAUUGUAACGCAAUCUCCUACCUCUCUGCCUGAAAAUCUAAACACUUCAGCUUAUAUAACGACAUCUAAAACUGACUCUAGUUCGAAUGAUACUGGGUAUGCAAUUACGUCUGAGCACACUCCAUUAGCAUCAUCAACAUCAGAAGCAAUUUCAACAUCUACAUCAACAUCAACGUCUGAACCAACUUCAUUUUCUACAACGGUGAAAGCAACAGAACCAUUGGAAACACCCGAAACGCCAACACCUGAACCAACGUCUGAACCAAGUACACCAACACCUCAAACAACAACAUCUACGACAACAACAACAACAACAAUGUCAACGACAUCAUCUACAACAGAACCCGAGAUAACCACACCAACUGUCCAAACAACGCCGGAACCGACAACUACUACUACAAAGACAAAACCUCUCCACUAUACGGACAAAGACGGAAUGGUCAUCAUUGACUUGAGGGGCUCUACAAUUAUUGAUCUGAGAACUACACCCACACCGAGACCCAAGUACAAGGUCACCACCGUAAAAACGAUUGGUUUGGACUCAGGGGACAACGGCAUAGUCAUUGAUCUAGGAAAACAAGAGGAGGACUUCAUAGACUUGCAAGAUAACUCUUUAAAAGAUACUGCGACCAAAGAUAAGUCUCCUUUGAAAGCAGGUGCAUUGGGCUCAAAGAAAAUGGAUGACGACGACGGGGUGAAGAUUGGAAUUGUCGUCGCUGUUGUUAUCGUCGCCGCCAUCAUCUUCUUUGUCGUCGGGUUUCUCGUCAGUAGAUACUGUAGGAAGAAGCGGUCAGGGUCAUUCAAGGUCAAAAACGAUAUUGAGAACGGUUCGGCAAAGGGUAGCACACCAAAUGUUUUAGACUACAAAGAUGGAGGGAUAUAUGACGAGAUUGAAAAAGAUUCGGCUACCCCGACCAAAAACGGAAAACCUAAUGGAACAGCACAUUCAACUGAAGAUGUUUAUGCAGUGCCAGACAAACGCAAGAGUAACCCCCCGGAAUCUCCAAAGCUCGAGGAACAGUUGGACAAAAUCAAAUUCAUAGAUGACACAGAGGAGGAAACUGAAGCCAAAGAGGAUGACAAACUUUUGGAAGACUCUGAUGAAAAGUACUCCAGUUUCGCGUCUAUUCCGAAUGGAUCUGUCAAACAGAACGGUGACGUCACAUCAAACGAUUACGUCUCAGAAUCUAGUCCAAUCCUAAACUCCCGAGACACCCCAGAGAUCAAAGAACCCUCUGACGAAGAAGCCAACGGCAAGGAGAGCGAAGAUGCCGAAGAGUCACCAUUACUGGAAAAAGCAGAGGGGGGAGAAAAACGGGCGGAAACCAGCAGUUGAGAACAUGCUUUCUGCUGAACAAUCGCUCCAUCGCAUGUCUGUUCUCAAUAGAUAGGCAGGUUAUAAUCACGUGAUGGCAUUUUUUAAGAAGAAAAAUCAAAAACGUACCAUGAAGCCUGCAGACAAGACGCCUACAGCCGCCGAGGUUUGGAAUGAGCGAUGUGCCUUAGCCCGCCAUAGAAGAUAACACUAAUCCUUUAUCAGAUUCAAAGCAUCCUGGUCAAAGAUUCUUUGCAAGUACAAUAUGUCAACCUGAGAAAUCGCUGCUGUUCCAAACAUAAUUUUCAACCAUUUUUCUCUCCUCUCAUUAUUUAAGCAUCCCUUCAAUCUUAACCAUUUUCUCUAAGUACAACAAAUAUUUUGCUGUAAAUGUAUUGUUAGAUUAGGGGAUUUAUUUGUUGUAAUUUUUGUAAUCGCUUUUUGACUUGUUAAAAAAUUGUGCAAUGAACAUUCAUAGUAUUGAUGAUAAUGUUUUUAUACGUUAGGCUCUUUGGAAUUAGUGCUUUUUUAAUAUAAUUAUUCAUAUUUGUUUUGUUUUUGUUGAUUUGUUUUUUUGGGUUGUUCACUAUGGCUACUAGUAUAAGAUGACUAACACUGUGCGUUUUACCCCUAUGUAUCAGCAUUGUUGUCACUUUUUUUGCAGCUAUAAACAUAUUAAUUAUUUUAAUUAUUAUUUAUUUCCGAUGUCCCUUCUUUCUCUUCAUCUUUUCUUCUGAUCGUUGACCCGUUUUGUUUUCUGCUGUGGUCGUUUGUUAUGGGUAUAAAUUGUGCUAAAUUUGUCUAUCUUGCUGUACAUAUUUUUUCAUUACCUUAAUUUAGAAGAUGUUCAUUUACUCGGAGUCCCUUCAUCAUAUAGACAUAUUUUCUAAGUUCUUGUAUAAUUUUAAAAGCAUCCCACCAUAUCUUUACAUGUACAUGUAACCAAACACAAACUGACUACCAAAAAUACCACACACAUCCAGUUAGUGUAUAACUAGUCUUGCCAGUGUUAGGGAAUAUUGCGUCAUAAUACAGUCAUAAUUUAUUUACAUGUUUCAUCCAAUGAAUGUGUCUCGCAUGUUGUCCUAUAACCAGAGUUAUUAAAUAUUGAAGGAAAACGGAUCAUGCAUUGUCUCUGUGUCUCUAUUUCCUAUUACUGUGUUCCGUUGUUUUCUUACUUAGAUUUGCAAGCACCUGCACACUUGGAGGUGAAAUAUUGCUUUUAUUUGUCUUAAAAUGUUGAUAAUGUAAUCUUUUUUUUUAUUUUAAGAUAUUGUGUCAAGAAAUAAAGAAUUCAAAUGUC